AUGCAAAACAGCGUUGACCCUGAUAGCACACAUACCGGCAAUGCAACUUCGCCAAAGUGUAAUAACAACUCGCACAUUUUUAAGGAAGGCAAACAAAACAGCGGUGGCCAAAAUGGAAGAGAUACACAGCAAGAACAGAUGGAAAAUAACUACCUACCAAACCGGAACGAGCAAAAAAGUGGACCACAUAUAAGCGAGGAAAACACCACGGCGAAGACCGUCAACGACAAUGCACACAGAGAAUGCAAAGUAGAGCCCCACACGGGUAAUAUGCAUCUUACCUUUUCUGCUAAUUGCCUAAAGAGUAAAAGCACAUCCAAGGAUUUUUUAACCAAUGAGGAAGAGACGAGCACAAAGAAGAGCCUAGAAGAGGCGGUCAAUCGGAGGAAAAAAAUCAACGAAAUGAUUGCAGCGUACAAUUCUUUAAAUUUAAGUUUCUCUAGUUGCAACUUCGGCAAUUUGGACCGUGUAGACGACUCGUCCUACUUGGGCAUUAGGAAAAAAACGUCUCUUUACAAUUCUGACUGUAGCUGUGCUGCGGGUUACCAGAACGAGAUUGGUUACACCAAAAAGGUGUCUGAAGGGAACUACUCAGGGGUGACGAAUCAGGCGGAGGAGAGAAAGGGAGAGGCCUACAACAGAGGGGGUUAUGGCAAUAAUGAGAUCGCCAGGCUGUCUGGGAGCAACUACUUGAAUAAUUUACUCCGCCGCAGGGGGGACCUCGCAAGCGGGGACAACCUGGUGUGCAGAAUAAGGGACCUCUCAGCAGGUCACGAGAAUGGUGGCGAAAAUUUCCACCAAAAUCGCCGCGAACAUUGCCGCGAACAUCGCAGUGGCAGCGGCCGAGGCAAUUCGCACGAGCAGUCCAAAGAUGAAGACGAACUGGAAGACUACAAAACGUUCCUAACCCUAGACAGCAACCACACCAUAUUCAAGACCAAGCCGCUGAAGCUCCCGGACCUCUCCUUCCUGCAUAACAGCAGCCGUGCUUACAGCACCUUGGAUUUUAGCAACUCGGGGGAAGACGACCACAGCAGUAACCGCUUCUGCAGGAAGAGAAUUCUGUGCGAGGGGUUGGAGGAUCUGUCCUUCGACUACGACGGGGACGACGGGGACGACGGGGACGACGACAGUGUUGGUGCGAACGUUGGCGUGGGUGCGAAUGAUGGGGGAGAUGUCAACUUCUCCCACGUGGACCCCCGCAGGAAGCCUACCCCCAUCUCGGAGCAGAGCGCAGAAAACGGUGCACUACGAAGGAAGACAGCAGGUAUGCCCCACAGCAGUCAUCAAAGUUGCGUGGACAAGAGUGCCAACUUCUUCCAACUGAGGAAGGAAGGUAAAAAAAACGUCGCUAAGAAAUGCAUAAAAAGUAGCGAACUGAAAAGAUACCACAUAGAGCAGCUACUUAAUGGCAGCUUUAACCGGACUGACGCCGCCAACCCGGUUAGUCGCACCCAUUGCGGUGAAAACAGAGAGAGAAACAGGAGCCACUCCAAAAGGCAUUCAAACGAGAGGAGCACUCACCGGAACGACCAGAUGGAGCUUAAUUUUUUAAAAAAUAAUCCCCUAUGCAAUGGCAGUUACCGUAGACAAACCGCCGACUUGGGGGGGACUAAAAUUUCUAUGCAUAUCCGCGCACCAAAUGGUAACGUUGAAAAAGGUGCCAACUAUUUAAGACGAAUCAGCAACACGUGCGACAUCUGUCCAGCUACCUACAACUGUGUGGAUGGACCUGAAGGCAUGUGCAAUGGCGGAGGUGAACGCCACGCACGCAGUAGUGAGAAGUAUGCAAAUGGGCCUACGCAGUGUGGGCGUCCGUGCGACGUGGAAAAGGGGGCGCCGGGAGGUGAAGCGCACCGUAGCAAUUGGCAUCGUAGCAGCCUACCCCGCAACGGCUUACACCGUGGUAAUUGGCACCGUAGCCGCUUUCCCCCCCACGAGCCCUGCCUGAACAACCUAGAAAAGUUCAAAGAGAUGCUGCUGAGCGUGGCGACGGAUAACCUAAACGAAUAUGCCAAGUGCCUGCAGAGCAUCAACAGCGAAAAGCUAAAGAGCUACAAGUACUGCAUCAAGCGAGUGAAUGACUACAGCAUCAGUCAAUAUUUGAGUGCGACGUUCCGCGCGUCCAUUCCAGUGAAAGGCAUUGAAGAGUCGGUGCUGACCAACUCGGAUACCUUUUCCUCCCUUCGCCACUCGGCCUACGAGGACGAUGAGUCAAGCGCCUCCCCCCACGGCGGAGACACCAGUUGUGAGGAGUUGGCGAACGUGAGCAUUGCGGGUGGGGGGAGCAACGAUAGCAACGAUAGCAGCGAUAGCAGCAGCGGUGAGAGUGGCAGCGAUAGCAGCGACAGCAGCAACGGCGAGAGUGACAGCGGUGGUGAUAUCCAUGGCAGCUUAAAAGUUUACAAAAAGAAAAAAAAAAUCAAACGCACCAACUGCCUGGAACACAUCCCCAUGGGAGAAUUUAACUCGUGUCCAGAGAAAAUAAAAAGUGAACGAAACGAGAGCGCAGACGUAGGUCGCACAGAUAAGAAGUGCAUGCACAACGGAAUGAGCAACUGUUAUGCAUGCGAGAGAAGGCAGACGUAUGCAAUUAGGCAAAGCAGACUGGCGAACGGGACAAUCGAUAGUCUUCAACUGAACUGUGCUGACCCGAAUUUGAAAAAACAAAACAGCGCGUAUCCAAAGAACCACAACGACGAGCUUUUAAGUUCGUCCAUUUCGCGAAGCGGUCGCCAAGAAGUUUUCGCAAAUGUGAAAAGCAUAAGCAAUUGUAACGACACCCUGAUGGAUGACCUCAUGAGGAAGGACUCGACAAAUGGCGUUCCACACAGGGGAGAAAGGAGUACCCUAAGGAAUGGCAGCAACUGCAAGGUAAGUGCAAAUUGGGGUGAUUACACCGGAGAGAAUUAUUUGCAGGAGUUUUCCCUCCCCAGCGGGGGCAGUAAAUGUGUAAACAGGUAUAUAACGCGCAACGUGGGUCAAGGGGACACCCCCGAGAGGGGUGAGAGGGGUGAGAUGACUGAGAAGGCUGCGAAAGAUGAGAGGACCUUCCAGGAAGAUGCCCCCCACCCCGUUGCACAAUUCAACGCAAGUGGCUACCCACUCACACAGAGCCUUCUAAACCAAAACGGUGGAAGCCAAAUGGGGAGGAAGAACCACCCAGGGGAAAUAAACCAACCGUGUUACACCAAAGAGGCGUCCGAAAAUUACCAUCUGGAAAGUGAAAAGUUAAGUGGGCUCCACCCCAUGAGGGAAGAACAGAACAAUGAGAGCUGCCAAAGUUAUAACCCCUUUGAAGAUGAGAAGUUCCCCAAUGGUGCAAGUCUCCACCGUAUGGACCACUCCAAUGGGGUCGAAACGGAUGGGAGAGGAACCCCCUCGUUCUAUGGCAUACAAAGGGACAGCAUAACCAGUUGCGACUCCCCAUUUUUAAGUAAAAAAGAGGAAGGCAUGACGAAAGGGGGAAACCAAAUUUUAAGUUUCAAUGUAGAAGAUAACCCAAACAGUUAUGAUGAACAUAGAGAGGACCCCCAAAUGGAUGCCCCAAAUAGUCUCCUGAUGAAUAACCCACACGGUUUUAAAGCGCCUCUUCACUGUGCAGACAAAUGCGAAGGGAAAGACAUUGAAGAGAUUAUUAAAAACAACAAGACGAGGGUUGAGCACCUGUACGAUAGCGAAGGAAGUCAAAGUCAUUUUGGCAUAGGGGAAAAUAUCGGUAGAUUAACAAACAGUGUGGAGGAUCAAAUGGGGGCAAAACCGAAUCAGGCCCCCUCCUUUGUUCACAAAUGGGACAAUUCGUGUAGCUCCCAAAAUGAUCCCUCCUAUUCGGUCAACUCAUAUAAUGAAGAGAUGGAAGAUAAAAAUUUAAUUGCGUGCUCUCUGGACAGCUUCAAUGAAGAGUUCAUUGCCCCCUUAUCGGUCCCCACCCCUGCGGCGUCUAUCUUCUCAGAUGGAAGUGUCUGUUCCCCGCAAAAAGGGAGCGUAAACAGAAAAAUGGAUGUGCGUAUGGAUGCGUGUAUGGAUGUGCGUAUGGAUGCGUGUAUGGAUGUGCGUAUGGAUGCGUGUAUGGAUGCGCGUAUGGAUGCGCCUAUGGAUCCACCCAUUGGAGACCCCUCCCAGAGGUACCACCAACAUUUUAAUUGUGAUGCAAACCAGAUGGGGUUUCACCAAAUCGGUGUGGUGAAUAAAAAAUGGGACUACAACUCGGUGGGUCUCUCCCAGGAUUACUUUCCCAAAAGGGAAGACGCUACCAAGUGUGGUAACCAAUUGACCAAUUUAGCGGAGGGAGGGAACUACAGCUUCAACUCCACUGCGGGUGAACUCCCAGCCAAGUUCCCAAAAAGGAAAGACGAGUCGAUUGAACGGAAAUGCAACCCACCUGAUAAACACAUAGGGAGUGAAGAAAGGAACGUAUGUAAGGAAAAACGAACGGGGGAUAAGAUAGGUAGCCAAAAUGGUAAUCCCCCUUUUCAACGCAAGGGUGGCACCGCGCAAAGAACCGAUGAAGAGGUGCACCAGAGAAAUGAGCAGACGUACCAUCAGGAGGGCAGCUCACCUGGUGGGGCAAGAAACGACUCAAUCGGAGGUGAACGAAAUGGGUGGGGGAGAAAUAAAAAAAAUGCACUCCGCAAAAUCGUAAACACACUGGAAAUAAAAGAAACGAAGAUAAACACCAAGCAGGGCAUUUUCGAAAUCACAUCGGAGGGGAAGGUCCUCUUCACCUUCUUCGGCAGAUCUGAAAUUAAAGAAUACAAAAAGGUAAAGAGGCACAAGCUGAACGUAGACAUCUCCAAGCCGAGGAAGCUACUCUUCAUAAUCGAAAUAAACGGAUUAGACAUAAAGGUAAAAGACGUGGUGCUAAACGAUGUGCUGGAUUUUUACAACCUGCUCGAAGAAGAACUGCCCAAGGCGCACCAGGUGAGGUACGAAUAUGCCUAUGACGUCAUCGAGACGUUGAAGAAGCACACCCCCAAGGUGUCUCUGACGAAGAAGUGGUUCGGGGUAUAUAACCUCAUGAGCAAUGGAAGCACCCCCGAUUUUAUGGCCACUCUGAAAAACAACAUGUUCAUAGAAAAAAUUGAAAUUAAGAACAACCAGGUGAUGUUUGCCUUGAAGGAGGGCAACACCGUCACUCUGAAUGUUGGCGAUUUGAACGGGGUCACCACCAAACUGACGAAGCAGUUGCGGCAGAGAGGCAGAAACGUCUCGGGGGAAGACGCCCAAGGGGGGUGCGAGGCACUCCUCAAAGCUACAACUCCCGCCGAUGAGCAAGAUGUCCAGGCUGUUUUACUCAACUUGCAGUUGCUCCUAAAAAAGGCAGGAGUGUCCAUAGACAUAGUCAUCCAAAACUGGUGUAACACUCUACAGGCCUACUCACAGUGCCUGGACCUGUUGACCAAAGGGAACGCGGAAUAUACCCUCAGGCUAAGGAAAGCCUUGACCGACAUAACAGCAACAACUGAGCUGCACAGGAGGGAGAUUUAUUUUUCCAUAUUUCCUGUCAUCGUUGAGGAGUGA